AUGGCGGGCAAGUCGAUGGAGGACAUAAACGAGGAGCUCAAGAGUAGAUACCACCUUGACUUGCAGGACAGCCGGGGGCGAGAGAGCUCGCGGCACAAGACGCUGCAGUUCCUGGAGCUGGUUGAACGCCUCAGAAGGCAACAGAAGAGCGUGGAGAAGGCGAAUGACGAGGUUCUGAGAAUGUCAGAAAGAUGCCACGUCCUUGAAUCUCAAAACUUACAACUCAGGUCUGACCUGGAACUAGCGCUGAGUGAAGGAAUGAAGUACCGAGACAGCCUGAAGGAGUGGGCUGACCUGGAGGAGAAGCGAAUCUCUGUGGGAUAUUACUCGGGCGAGCUGUUGAAGGGGAACGACAAGCCUCUUCUCCAUGAACUCGCGCAAUCGCAUCAAGAUGAACUAGAACAACGAUGUAAAGCACUUCAACAGCAACUCGAGGAGAAAGAGAAUGAGUUUCAAUACGAAAAAGAAUUGUUGGAGAAAGAGAGUGAGAGAGAGAUGGCGAGAAGAGCUAAGGAAAUUGCAACCCUCCAGGCUAAAUGCAGCGAACAGAGCAUCAUGAUUGAGUCGCUUCGAGAGUCAAUGUCUGAAGCAUCACAACUGGAAAAACGAUGCACGCAAGAGCUUGAUGGAUUGAAGAGUAAACUAUCAAGUAUGGAAAAGGAAAAUCACAACCUACAAGAGAGAUUGCAAAGCUUGCAGCAAGCCAAUGACAAGCUACAGGAGUCUGAAUCCCAAGUCUUGACUUUGCGUGAGGAAAUGGCAGGAUUGAAGCGUGAACUGGAGCUGAAAGCGAAUGAAGGCAUCGAAGAGAGUCUGCGAGCAAGCAGUGUAGCAGCCCUCAAAAAGCAGGUGCUGCAGGGUCUUGCUGAGAUCUUAGAGGAGGCCAUGUUGAUCUUGAAAAGCGACCGCACCCACGUGUAUGAGGCUCAUGCCAAGUUGCAGCGACAUGAAGCCGUUUGGCAGCUGGGGAUGAAGUUGAGUCAGGAGAUAGCGAGAGAGAUGGGAGGGAGUCUGCAGCAGUUGUCGCAGGCGAUGAAAGAACUCAAGGAGCGACCCGCCUCUCCACACUCCGGGGCUGACAAGGAGAGAGGGCGAGAGCACAGGAAGGAGAGAGCUCUGCUUCCUUGCACGGUGCUCUCUAGGAGGACGCGUGCUGUGGCUGACGAGGAGCCGGAAGAAACAUCGAUGCAGUCAUCGGAGGGUGCGAACGAAACGACAAACAUGUCGCUGAACCCCACCAACGCUUCACUUGCUCCCGAGGAAAGCUGCUGCCUUGAUAUGCUCGUAUAUGACACUAGCGAUCAGAUGCUGGCAAGCGUUCUUCUCGGAACCGAUCAGCAGUCUCGGAGAUCGUUUCUUGGCGAUUGCGAGCCAAAGACUAUUAGCGAGGUGGAAGGGAUGGAGCUCGAGACUCUGACGCUGGGGUUGAUGUAUGCGAACCUGGAAGAGAUUGCGAUCCUCGUCAGGGCAACUUCACCUCUCAAACUGCAGCUUGUGAUCCAACACCUCCCCAUCACGUGGAUUUCAGAAGCGUUCGCUCACAUCCCGCCUGCUGUUCUCAUGCUCGCAUUUGAGAGGUGCGACGAGGAGGGGAAAGCAGAAAUGCUGUCGCAGCUUCCGGCAUGUAUCGCGUCCUCUCUCUUUGAGGUCUGCGAUGGGUGGCAGCAGCAGACUGUCGCUUCCCUGUGCUCGGAGCCCGUUGGCAGUCACCUGCAGAUGGUGAUGAGGCUCGAGGAGAUGAGCGCAGACGUGCGAUGGGAGCAGCUGCGCGCGCUUGCAAGGAGGGAGGACCCGGAGACCCUGCUCGACUGGCUGCCGAUACAAAACAUGUUGGAGAUGGUCCGGUGCCAGCAUGCGGACAAGAAGGGGCUGUUUGAAAUGCUCUCACGCCAAAAACUUGUGGACGUUCUUGAGCAGAUGGGAGCGGAGGAGCGAGCAUCAGCGAUGGAGUUCCUGGCAGACGAAGGCAAACUGACGAGCAUCGCAGGGAUGAAGGGGAAGCUGUACGUGGAGGGCCUGGCGAUGAUGCGAGAGCAACAGGUCGCAAACCUCUUGUCGACUCUUCCCAGCGACGAUCAGGAGGACUUUCAGCGAUGCCUGAGGUUCUUGAAGGGCGACGACAAGUCCCGCAUGAAGGACCUGCUCGCCUGCUCUUCCCCUCACCUCAAGAGACUAUCAGAGCUCGUCGCACCCCACCCCCUCGCGUCCGUGAUGAUGCACAUGGAAGCGUCCUCCUUGAAAGCGAUCCUCUCUGCACUCUCCCACGAGACUCGGGCGGGGGUCUUGUCUGAGUUGCCACCUAACGAGAGGGCGAGUGCUCUUUGCGUUCUUUCCCCCGACCAGCGGAAGCAUGCUCUUCAACUGCUGCCUGCUUACAAGCUCAAAGAAACCCUUGCCGUCACCUCGCAGGCAGAGAGGAAUCUGAUCCUUGCCUCCUUGUCAGCCGCAAGGAAAAGAUUGUUCUUGAUCUCCGAGGAGGUUGAGAGCUGGGACAGCAACACACUCAAGCUGCAGUCUCAAGCUUUCACAAGAGCAGAACUAGCUGAACUCAUACCGUGGGUUAAGAUGUCGGUACAAGAAGACUUAUUGAGUCUUGUUGACGAGGAAGGUAGAAGGGAAGGGCUGUCGCUCAUGUCGUUUGAAGACGUUGCAAGCUUAAAAGAUGGUUCUCUUGCUCUUGUCGUUGCUUGCAUCGACAGCAUGUCUGCUUCCCACGUCAAGGCGUUGGCAGAUCACAUGGAUGCUGUGAAACUGCGAGAGGUCCUUGCUAAGUCAAAAGAAGACAAACACAGAUGGUUGCGGAGAUGCGUCAACAGAUCACACAAGAGCACUCGGAGGGAGGAAAGAAGUUCCGACGAGCACGUCCCUGACCCAUCCCUACAAGGAGAUGGGACCAAGAAGAAGAGAAGAAACAUCGAAGACUUCUUGGACGCUAGCCUCCUUACCCAUGCAUUCCCCAACGUGUCCCGGGUUCUGCGGAGAAGUCAGAAAGAACCCAGCAAGGACGAAGUCAGCGAGGAAGAUUCGGACUGA